AUGUCGUUCAGAAAGCGUGGGGAUGUAAUCACGCAGCUGCACAAUGACAGAAACCCCGAACAGCGUUUUUCCAGGACCGAAAUAACCAAUGUGCGAGGUACAAAAUCAAUUAGAACGCCUGGUGGGAUUUCCGCGGGGACUCGGGGUGUUAAUCCGACGCUUGCCAAGUUGAAGGCUUCUAGGAACUCUAGCGGUAUCACAGAAGUCAUUGCUGGCUUGGAACAGGUUUCUAUCGAUGAGUCUGAUUCAAGAACAACCCAGCAAUCUAAUUUUCAUGGUUCUCAUCCAGGUUUGAGACCUUCGCCCGCAACGUCUUUGCCAACGACUUCCACAGGAAGUGCAGAUUUGGACAAGAUUUUGAGGCACAUGGGUCUUCCAUUGGGGCAAUCACUGCUAAUAGAAGAGCAAACCACAACGGAUUUUAGCUCUGUGUUGGCUAAAGUCUUUGUAGCCCAAGGUAUCGUUCACAAUAGAGUCGACGGUGGAGGGACCCAAGGAGCUGGUAACACGCAUGUGGUUGUAGUAAGUCCCAACCAGGCGUUUGGCAAACAGCUACCUGGAGUGUAUCAUGGAUCGACGAAAGACAUCAAGCGAUCUAAGAUUUCAGAGCAAGAGUCGAAAGUGACGGUUCAGAAUAUGUUGCAGCAGCAGCAGCAACAAGGCCAACGCACGACUUCAAAGGACUUGAAAAUCGCCUGGAGAUACGGCCUGAAUGAUCAGAGACACAAAUCUGGCAGUGGGAAACGAACUGAAUCUGACUUGGAAACGUACCCGCGUUACAACAAUGCCUUUGACAUCACAUCUAGACUCGUUCCUGCUCCCACAUCCGCCGAAAUAACGUUUAUCUCCCCAAUUCAGCCUUUGCGAAGCUUUUUGUCGCAGUUGGAGGCCGUUUUGAAGAAACACCCGUGCAAAGUCGUACGAAUUUUGAUGCCCAACUUGCUACAUCCGGCUAUAUACCCAACCCGUUUUGCCAAACUCUCUGAAAUUAUACGACUUCUACAUGGAGUCAGAUCUUUGGUGAAGACUUACAGCAUGCAAACUGCCAUGGUGGCUACUUUUUCGUGUGAUUUGUACUCUAGCAAUCGGUUGUUCAAAGCCACUAUUGAAAACUUAUUUGAUGCGAUCAUCAAUUUGGAGCCAUUCCCGCAAGAGAUGUUACAGUUCCUAGAACGUGCUUACAAGACUCAGCCCAAUCGUGUUCAACAUGGGCUGUUGCACAUCGAAAGAUUGCCCCAUCUCAGUGAGUACGGAGAAAUGCAUAUUGCCAGGUCCGAAUGGGCUUUCAAAAAUGGCAAGAAGAAAUUUGAAAUUGAGCCAUGGGGCAUUCCGGUGGACGACAGCGAAGUUGAUGAAUCUAAGUCUUCCGUGGCAGGAUCGGAACCUCAUGAACAUCAAACUACAAAGAACUUGGAAUUUUGA